AUUUCAUAAUAAAAUGAUAUGGGCAUGUUGUGAGUACUAAUUGCUAGUUGUAGUACUCUUGAAGGCUUGUAGCAGUAAGAGGAAGACAAGAAAUGGCUUCUCCCAAUGGAUUAACGAGUUCCACUACGGAUAGCAUGUUGAAAAACUUGUUUAAAUUUGCUAUGAGUGGUCAAUGGAAGGAAGUGGUUGAAACGUACAGGCGUGACCCAACAGCUUGCAAAGCAAGAAUCACCAAGUCAGGAGACACAGCAUUGCACAUUGCAGUCAAUGAUGGCCAAGAAGAAACCGUCCAAGCUCUCGUAGAUAUAAUUUCCGAGCAGUCCAAGCAGUCCGGUACUGAAGUUAAGGAAGUUCUUCAAAUUGCAAAUAAGCGAGGCAAUACCCCUCUCCAUCUAGCAGCUUCGAUGGGGAAUGUCAAGAUGUGCACUUGCAUUGCUCUUCUAGAUCGAUCUUUAGUGGGUGUCCGUAACAAUGACAAUGAGACCCCAUUCUUCUCGGCUGCUUUGCAUGGUAAAAAAGAAGCUUUCCUUCGUCUCCAUAGUAUUUGUGGCAUUGAUGAAGGCCGUUUAUAUUAUAGGGGAAAGGAUGGUGAAACUAUCCUUCAUGUUACCAUCUCUCGAGAAUACUUUGAUUUAUCAUUUCAAAUUAUUCAGUUGUAUGGUGAGCUUGUUAACUUUGUUGACCAGCGAGGAACAUCCCCUCUCCAUCUCUUAGCAAGCAAGCCCACUGCCUUUAGAAGCGGUAGCCACCUUGGAGGCUACAAGAAGAUCAUAUAUAACUGUACAUUUGUUGAAGAGCUUAGGGCCGAGGAAGUAUCAAAUGCUCUACAAGAUCAGCCCUCCGGCCAGCACGUUGAAAAUCACGGUUAUCCAGAGAAUUACGAAACAUGCUAUAAUUUCUUCUGGCUGCUGAAAAAAGCCUUCCAAGUGGUACUAACGAAGCUUUAUAAAGAUACAAAACACCAGACAGGAGAUACAGAGAGCCAACAAGGAAAGCAAUCAGCCACUGGAGCUGGAGGACGCAUAUUAAUGCCCUCCAAUUAUAAUACCUUCUUUGAAUUUGUCAAGUUUGUGUCCAAGGCAAUGUUAGUCAUUCUUGGAUCAGGAUCAUCGGAGAUAACAAAGUUAGAGGUGAAGAAGAAGAAACAUACAUGGUCUGUUCAGAUAAUGAGAGAACUUCUUCAUAAAACCAUCAUGUAUGAGUAUGAGAAUGAUGGAAGUAGUCCCCUGCCAAGUAAAGUUGAUGAAACGCGCCCUUAUGCUCUUGGAGUUGGUGGUCGUGUCACGUACUCAGAUAUGGAGGAGCUACAGGAAAACUCCCAGCAAAUGACAAAGAAUGACCAAGUAAACAAAAAGAACCAAAGGACAGGAGAGGAUAGCCAAAACAAGGAUGGUGAAGGAAAGGAGGAAAAAACUUCUGAAAUAGGAAAGAUGAAGAUACAGAUACUAACAGCAGAAAAGGAUGGUGUCACUGAAAUGCUGGAGAAAAUACUAAACCUUUUUCAAGUAGGAGACAUGGACUUGGACAAAAGGAAUAUAGUGUUGAUGACAACAAAGAAGCCCAAAGCCCCUGCAAUGGAAAUGAGGGAGACACCCAUACUAAUUGCGGCAAAGAAUGGCAUUGUAGAAAUGGUGGAGAAAAUCAUUGAAAAGUUUCCUGUGGCAAUAAAUGACGUGAAUGCGGAGAAGAAGAACAUUGUUCUAUUGUCUGUGGAAAACAGGCAACCACAUGUAUAUCAGUUCUUGCUCUCGCUGAAGAGAAAUAUCGUGAAAGAAAGCAUCUUCCGGCAAGUAGACAGCAAGGGGAAUAGUGCGUUACACCUUGCUGCCACACUGGGAGACUUUAAGCCUUGGAGCAUUCCAGGUGCUGCUUUACAGAUGCAAUGGGAGAUCAAGUGGUUCGAGUUUGUCAAGGACUCGAUGCCACCCAACUUCUUUGUUCGUUACAACAAGGAAGGAAAGACCCCGAGAGACAUAUUCACUGAGACCCACAAAGACCUCGUGAAAAGUGGUGGUGAAUGGUUAACUAACACGUCUGAAUCAUGCUCCGUGGUAGCUGCACUGAUUGCCACGGUAGCCUUCGCAACAUCAUCCACCGUCCCAGGUGGUGUCAAUGAGAUAACUGGAAGUCCAAUUCUUGAAUAUCAACCCGCAUUCAAAAUGUUUGCUAUCUCUUCUCUCAUUGCUCUAUGUUGCUCAGUCACGUCCGUGGUCAUGUUUCUUGCAAUACUAACUUCUCGAUACCAAGAGAGGGAUUUUGGCCAAGAUUUGCCGAGGAAGCUUUUGGUUGGACUAACAUCACUUUUUAUAUCCAUAGCUUCUGUAUUGGUAUCAUUUUGCACGGGACAUUUCUUUGUGCUCAGAGAUGAACUCAAGUAUGCAGCAUUUCCGGUAUAUGCAGUGACUUGCCUGCCAGUGACUUUCUUCGCCGUGGCACAGUUUCCCUUGUAUUUUGAUCUUACAUGGGCAACCUUUAAGAAGGUGCCACAGCGUAGCUACAUGGUGGUUGCCUAGCUACAAAUGCUUUGCUUCUCAUUUCGCCCUUAUCUUGAUGUGCCCUUUUCUUUUCCCAGUUGUAAUUUUCGUCAUCUUGAUGCUUUUGUGAUUUGGCUUUUGAUGUUAUAUGACAGACACAGUGCGCCUUGUAACUUUU